GUGACGGCUCCUUUUCUUCACGUGAUUGCCAUAUUCACCAUGGUGCUCUUGGCUUGGCCGGUGGCCCUGCAUUUCUUCCGGGUACGUGAUAAAGUCCUGCAGAUGUUGAUUCUAACUCCUUACCUGGUUGUCCUUAUCUACCUUAUCUUCGUUCCCCUGGGCAUGUACUCCCCCUGCAUCCGGGAGAAGGGGACUCUGGGUCCCAAGCCGGCCUUGAUUGGUCACAGAGGAGCCCCCAUGCUAGCUCCUGAGAAUACCAAGAUGUCGUUUGCCAAAACCAUCGAUCACGGCGCUAUCGGCCUGGAGACCGACGUCACCAUUAGCUACGACGGCGUGCCCUUCCUGAUGCACGAUCAUUCCUUGACCAGGACCACGGAUAUUGCGCGCCUCUAUCCCCACUUGAGGGGCGAAGACCCCGCUUACUUCACCUGGGACAUCUUGGAGAAGCUGAAUGCAGGGGAGUGGUUUCUCAAGAACAAACCCUUCUAUCACACGCCUCCUUUCUCUGCCGAGGAUGAAGAGCUGGCCAAGAGCCAGACCAUUUUCAAACUGAGUGAAUUUCUGACCCUUGCGGACAAGGCCAACAAACUGGUCCUCUUCGAUCUGUAUCGCCCGCCGAGGUUUCAUCCGUACAGGAACAGCUGGAUCACCAGAACUUUAGAAGUACUCCAGGAAGAAUCAAAGAUUAAACCCCAUUUG